UACAUUCUCACACAUUAUCAUCCAUUUUUUCCCUCUCUUUAUCUUCUCAAAUGGCCUCCAUUUUCUCACCCUCCACCGUCCGCGUCUUCUUUCUCCUCGUCCUCGUCCUAUUGGGUCGUCUUGGCGAAGCGCGCGACCCGUUCGCCUGCGACCCAAAGGACACUGCCACAAAAAACUUGCCAUUUUGCAAAGUUUCCCUGCCAAUAAGGGUGAGGGUGAAGGACCUAAUUGGGAGGCUAACACUGCAAGAGAAGGUGACUCUGUUAGUGAACAAUGCUGCUGCAGUUCCAAGGCUGGGGAUCAAAGGGUAUGAGUGGUGGUCGGAGGCGCUUCACGGCAUCUCCAAUGUGGGCCCCGGAACAAAGUUCGGUGGCCCAUUCCCUGCUGCCACUAGCUUCCCUCAAGUCAUUACCACUGCUGCAUCUUUCAAUGCAUCAUUAUGGGAAGAAAUUGGACGGGUGGUCUCAGACGAAGCAAGAGCAAUGUACAACGGGGGCAUGGCGGGCCUCACAUAUUGGAGCCCAAACGUCAACAUAUUCAGGGACCCUAGGUGGGGCCGCGGACAGGAGACUCCCGGUGAGGACCCUAUUCUAGCCGGUACAUAUGCCGCCAGCUAUGUCCGUGGGCUACAGGGAACAAACGGUAACCGGUUGAAGGUUGCUGCUUCUUGCAAACACUUCACGGCUUAUGACUUGGAUAAUUGGAACGGCAUUGAUCGCUUUCACUUUAACGCACAGGUUAGCAAGCAGGAUAUAGAGGACACAUUCGAUGUGCCAUUCAGGAUGUGUGUGAAGGAAGGCAAAGUGGCAAGUGUUAUGUGUUCAUACAAUCAGGUGAAUGGUGUUCCUACUUGUGCUGAUCCCAACCUCUUGAAAGGAAGAGUUCGUGGCCAAUGGCGUCUAAAUGGGUACAUUGUAUCAGAUUGUGACUCUGUUGGGGUGUUUUAUACCAAUCAGCAUUAUACGUCAACACCAGAGGAAGCUGCUGCAGAUGCCAUCAAGGCAGGUUUGGAUCUAGAUUGUGGGCCAUUUCUAGCAGUACACACAAAGAACGCAUUGGAAAAAGGGUUAGUAACGGAAGGUGACGUUAACGGCGCAUUGGCGAACACAAUAACAGUACAGAUGAGGCUAGGAAUGUUCGAUGGGGAGGCAUCAGCGCAGCCAUAUGGGAAGUUGGGUCCGAGAGAUGUGUGCACAGCAGCUCACAAAGAGCUUGCAGUUGAAGCAGCGAGACAAGGGAUUGUGCUACUUAAGAACCGUGGUCCCUCCUUGCCCCUCUCUCCAAGGCGUCAUCAAACUGUUGCUGUCAUUGGACCCAACUCUAAUGUCACUGUUACCAUGAUUGGUAACUAUGCUGGUAUUGGUUGUGAGUACACAAGUCCCUUGCAAGGAAUAGGAAGAUACGCAAAGACUAUUCAUGAGCCUGGUUGUACAAAUGUUGCAUGUUCCAAUGACAAGCAGUUUGGGUCAGCACUAAACGCUGCCCGUCAAGCAGAUGCAACGGUUCUAGUAAUGGGCCUUGACCAGUCUAUUGAGGCUGAAACUGUUGACCGAGCUGGCCUACUUCUUCCUGGGCAUCAACAAGAGCUUGUCUCAAAGGUUGCAGCAGCUUCAAGAGGCCCAACAAUUUUGGUCUUGAUGUCUGGUGGGCCUGUUGAUGUCACUUUUGCAAAGAAUGAUCCGAAAAUUGCGGGCAUCUUGUGGGCUGGGUAUCCGGGCCAAGCUGGUGGUGCAGCCAUUGCAGAUAUCUUGUUUGGUGCUGCCAACCCAGGAGGCAAGCUUCCAAUGACAUGGUAUCCAGAAGAGUACCUUAAGAGCUUAGCAAUGACAGAUAUGGCAAUGCGUCCAAGACCAAACAAAGGGUACCCUGGAAGAACAUAUCGAUUUUACAACGGUCCAGUUGUGUACCCUUUCGGUUACGGAUUAUCCUACUCUCACUUUCUUCACACUCUCGCUAGCGCGCCAAAGACGGUCUCAGUUCCCGUUCAUGGCCACCGCCAUGGAAACACCACAAACAUCUCUAACAAAGCAAUUAGAGUGACACAUGCACGAUGCGGCAAGCUCUCAGUUAGCCUCCACAUUGAUGUCAAGAAUGUUGGCUCCAAAGAUGGCACUCACACGCUCUUAGUGUUCUCGGCGCCCCCGGCCGGUAACGGCCACUGGGCGCCGCACAAGCAGUUGGUGGCGUUUGAGAAGGUCCGUGUUCCUGCUAAGUCGCAGCAGCGAGUCAAGAUUAAUAUUCAUGUUUGCAAGCUUUUGAGUGUGGUUGAUAGGUCUGGGACAAGGAGAAUUCCAAUGGGGGUGCAUAAUCUUCACAUUGGUGAUGUUAAACAUUCAUUGUCCGUACAAGCAGAAACACUUGGGAUUAUCAAGUCCUAAGAAACAAGAAUUUUUUCCAUAAUCUUCAUGUAAGUGUAUUAUAACCAUCAAUUUGCUCAUAUGUUAUGGAUAAGAAGAAGCUAGCUAAGGGAUUGGAAUUGGAUACUACUUUAGAUUGAUUCAUUAAGCAUUGGGGAAUAAAGUAUUAGGGUUUAUUGCAAUUUUUGGAGAAGGGAUCAAGCAAAUGUAUUGUUCUCUACUCCCAAAUUUAUUUGCCAUAUAUGUUGACCACUUCAUGUGGUCUGAUUUGUGUUCUUAUUAGUUGUAUGCUGAUUGUAAUCACUUAUAGUUUAUUUCAUCAUUAUUGCAAGAUUGA